UCAUGAACCAGGCCAUGCGAUGCUCGAGGCCAGUGAGCGAGUGAGUGAUUUCAUGGUGCUACGAAUUCUUGGACGAGGCGAGGGGAGAGGAGAAGGGCCACGUCGGAGAGUUGGAGGUUGAGAGCAGGAAGGAAAUGUUGAGGAUGUGCGUGGAGAAAGAUAAUCACAUUUUGUUGUGUGUCGAGAUUGGAAGUUUUUAGGGUUUCUGCAUCCUUCUGCACGCAUGGCAUGUGCGCUGAGAUUGUGUAUUUCCGGUCAAGAAGGAGGAGGAGGUUAGCCAGGAGCUUGAUGCCGUGAUUUCCUGGAUGGUGGUAGAUUGCUUGGUUUAGGAUACAGCUUUAGGGUGGGAGUGUUCCUGAUCUUGUGGAAGAAGGGGAAAGACUAUAGGAGGGUCAAACGAUCGAGCGCCAUGUUUUAUGGUGCUAUGAUAUGGGAUCCGUGGCUGAUUCUAGCACAGAUCGUGUGCAUCCAGUCACUGUACUACAUGAGUUUAGGGAUUUUCUUGUGGGCGUUUGUAGGCACGCAAGUGCCUGAGCUCACGCUGAAAUAUUUCUUCAACCAUUCGCUUGUCACGGGGGCCUCGGUCGUGGGGUGGAGCGUAAUCGCUGCUUACAUUGUUAACUCAUUGUGCGGAGCCGCAUGCAUGUUUAUAUUGGUAGAGAGGGCCAAGAAGUGUCUAGAUUUCACCGUGACUCUGUACAUUAUUCAUCUCAUUUUGUGCGUUCUUUACCACGGCUUUCCGACCAGCUUUUUAUGGUGGUUUGUGUUCAUCUUGUGCGUGGUGAUAACUGCUCUCUUUGGAGAGUGGUUGUGCAUGCGACGGGAAUUGAAAGACAUUCCCAUGAGAAGUACUCGACUCGAUGUUUGAUUACAGGAAUCGAUUGAGCGUCACACGCUGGGCCUGCCGGUUCGGAUUCGGUUGUUUUAAUGCAGCACCAGGAAUUCCACUUACUAUGUACAUCCAGAGGGGCGAAUCUUCUGCCAUGUUAUGGAACAAUUUUUAGGUUUUGUGUACUCUACGGUUUCAGUCUUCUUUGAGCGUAGCAUCGGAUUAUUGAUUUGUUCUCGGGAACCAGCGGUGUAUUUACCCUAUCCCCUGAAUGUUUCCUUAGUGGAACCCUUUAGAGAACAUGGCCGACUCCACGUCUUCAUGGUAGUUUGACGAAGAUAGACACUUCGACAUGUAUUGUUAAAUAACAUAGUAUCGCUAAGUUGCAGGACACCUUUGAAGGUCAUGUCUGGACUAUGCUGUGAAUAUUGACUGGGAAAUGUUACAAAAGAACCAAGUUGUUCUAUUCCUUCAAUAUUUUCUUAGUUUA